AUGGCUGCCAUCUCCGUUCCGUGUACCGUCGACGACGAGCCAAAGGACUCAUGGACAAUCGAACAAGUGAUGAAUUGGUGGCUUUGGCGAGCACAUGGCGAAAGUGACGCUGCUUACGAGCAAAUUGUAGAGAGUCUUACAAAGCAAUUGGAACAUGGCAAAAAAAGUCUUGUUAAUGAUCAUGAAAAAGUGUCAAAUAUGCUCGACGGAAAGACAAAUCCCAAUGAGAACCACGAUCCGCAAACAAACGUUGUCAAGACUAUCGAUGAAUCAAAUGCAAAACCUAAAGUCCAAGUUGUACCGAAACAAGACGACGCGAUACUCAUUGAAAUCCAAACAGGAGAUUAUGAAGGGCAAACAUACAAACUACAUCCAAAAGCAAGAUCCCAUUGUUGGGUUGGAAGGUCACAAGGGAAGAAGUUCCGCGAGAAGGGGAUCAGUCUACCAAAGGAUUUGGAGGUAUCUACAACUCAUGGACGAUUUGAACUGCUGAGAAAUCAGCUUGUAUAUGUGGAUACUGGGUCUACAAAUGGAAGCAGACUUGCCGAUAUAGAUAUUGCACCAAAUUCGCCAGUUGUUUUGGAGUCCGGAAUGCAUAUCACAGUGGGGCAAACAGUAAUGAAAGUUACGCUUUUGUAA